AUGGGAACAACCAUUAAACUGGGUUGGACAAAACCACCGUCCUACAGGCCAGCAUUUUUGCUCCUGUCCUGGUUGUCCCAACCGGCAGCAACAGGUCAAUCGGCCCCAGACACAUCAGCAGCCGCAGCAAAAUUCCAACAGCAGCAGCGGCAGCAUCAGCAGCAGCAGCAGCAACAGCAGCAGCAGCAGCAGCAGCAGCAGCAGCAGCAGCAGCAGCAGCAGCAGCAGCAGCAGCAGCAGCAGCAGCAGCAGCAGCAGCAGCAGCAGCAGCAGCAGCAGCAGCAACAGCCGCAGCAGCAACAGCAACGGUCGCAGCAGCAGCAACAACAGCUACAACCGCCCCAGCACCCACAAGGUCAACGAAACCAGCGGCAACAGCGACAACAUCAACAUCAAGCGCAGCAGCAUCAACAACAACCGCUCUCAGAGGUUGUGACGAUGGAAACGGCAGAGCAUGGUGAGCUGUUUCAACAUCAUGACAUGAGACAACAGUCCAUCGUCUCCACCAGUGGGCCUCAUCCAGCUCCAAGAAAGAUCCACCGUCAACCAGCACAGGACAAACUGAAUGAUCUUCGAUCUCGACUUGAUGCUGAGGGCGAAGAAGAAGUAAAAUCGCAAUUCAGCGAUAUUGUCCGCCUGUGGGUGGAAUUUAAGCGCAUCUCGAAGAUGUGCCCACCAGAUCAAAUUCUUAUGAAAAUGGUCGAAUUCAUCACGAGCCAUCUUUAAGAUGAUCAAGUGCGCAACAUGGAAUGCUUGCUCUGUCCUACCUAAACGAUUAGAGCUAAUAGACUUCCUCCGAAAUGAGGCUGUCGACUUGCUUGCGCUGACAGAAACGCAUCUGAAACCAGAAAAAUCCUUCUUUCUGCCAGAGCAUACAGUAGUACGCCUUGACCGCCUGGAUCAAACUAAAGGAGGAGUGUUGAUUGCUAUCCGUCGAUCUUUAGCAUUCAAAACACUCUCCCUACCUGACACACAGCUUAUUGAGGCAGUUGGGAUUCAAGUGCCAUCAGCUGAGGGCAACAUUGAUUUCAUCUCAGUCUACUGCCCGAAGCAGGCUCGCGACGCUGAUGGUUCAACACAAAUGCUGCAACGUGAUCUCCGUAUCCUCACACGUAGAUCAGCUAGAUUCAUCAUAGCUGGAGAUCUGAACGCGCGUCAUCAGGAAUGGGGCAACGUCCGCGCCAACAAAAACGGGCGGCUAUUGUGGGAGGACUCACAGGUGGGGUCCUACACUGUGGCUUUCCCAUUUCGUCCGACGUACCACACAGGUAAUUCCAGUUCAACGAUAGAUAUAUUUUUAACAAAUAUAUCCAACCGCA